GGGUAAUUAUUGCUUGUUUGUUUUUUCUUCUGAUUUUGUGUUUAUGUGAUAAGGGCACAUUUGGAUGAGAAGCACGGUUCCAGGGCGUCAGUGGUAGUAUUCCAGCAGGAACUCCAGGAUCUUGGGCUUUGAAUGCGCAGUUGUCCUUCAUGGACUCUGUCAUGAUCCAAAGUCAAGGGGAAUAAUCAGAGUAGGACGAUUACUUCGGCUUGUUCGGUCAACAUGUGUAUUCUACACUGCCUAACCGUUCGUUCAACUUCACUUUACAACAUAAUUAUAGUCGUCCACCACGGAUCCACUGUAGCAAUGGUUUUCAUCUGGUGAAAGAGAGAAAGGGAAAGAGGGUAAAAAAAAAAAAAACAACAACCCCUAAAUGAAAUGGAUAAAUGAAUAUGUUGCAUAAGUUAAAGUAGAUGAGCCCGGCUCAUCCACAACUCCGUUCUACAAUCAUGUGUUCAGCAGAUUUAUGUGACCACUAUUAAAGAAUGGAAAGGGGAUCAAAAGAACUAAUAUAAUCCUUAUGAAAAGCUCUCCUGCAUAGUUAAGGAGUGAAGAUGUAUUGGGGAGUCUCAGAGGAGAGCACGAAUCAUUCACUCUUUAACUUUUUUGCAAAUAGAGAAAGAAUGAAUGAGCUCAUUGGUUUGCGUUUCAUAAGGGCGUCUCCUCCCAUACCUAAUGCAGAUUUAUUUAUUUUAUGCAUCAGUGUUUUUCUUUUCAAAAGGAAACAAAUCCUCAUUCUGUCAUUGAAAUGACAUAAGGAGUAUUAGUACUAGCAUACUAACAACAACAAUAAUAAUAAUUAAUAAUUGUAUUAAUAAUCGUACCUGCAACACUCAAUAAUACUAUCAAAUCCAUGUCACUUAGUGCACUCUGCAGUUUGUGCUGUGCCUGUUUAAGGAGCUGGAGCUGUUUAGCUAGGCUACCACCAGCCCAUAAACAUAAACACACACUGCACAUAAUUGUCAUAAGCCAGCAAACAGGAUUCUGUUACUGGUUUUCGUAGUGCGCCUGUGGUGUUUGAAAAAUAUUCGUUUGAACCUCCUCGAUGUUACCUAAAGCCAACCACUCCUACACAUCCAACUCUUCCAAAUUGAUAUAUGACAAUAUCUACUUUCGAUCACGUGUCUGCGGGGCGACUUAGACGGAUUGCGCGUCAUCUCGCCUUCCCAAAUUUUUCCCUUCUGCUGCAGCUCGUAUCCAAAACAUCUAUCUAUAGCACGGAGUACGAGAGAGAGAAAGAUGUUUAACUCUGUGAAUCUGGGCAACUUCUGCUCCCAGACGCGCAAAGACCGGACAUCCGAGUUUGGGGACAGGACGGGCUGCGCGUCCAACAUCUACCUCCCCAGCUGCACCUACUACGUCCCCGAGUUUUCUGCCGUCUCCUCGUUUCUUCCGCAGGCCCCGUCCCGGCAAAUCAGCUACCCUUAUUCCACAAAUCUGUCUCAAGUGCAGCCGGUACGGGAAGUUUCUUACGGCUUAGACCCUGCUAGUAAAUGGCACCACAGAAGCAAUUAUGCAUCGUGCUACUCGGGAGAGGAUCUGGUGCAUAGGGACUGUCUUCCUCCAUCCACCAUGACAGAAAUGCUUAUGAAGAACGAGAGCGUGUACAGCCACCACCAUCACCAUCACACCCAUCCGGGCUCCAAUCACCCCUCCACAGGUUUUUACUCCGGCGUGGGGAAAAACAACGUCCUCCCGCAAGGUUUCGACCGCUUUUUCGAGACCGCAUACUGCAGCAGCACGGACAAUCAGUCAGACAAUUGUUUACAAAAGGGCGAGGGGGGAAAACUGGAAAGCGACUCCCAGCAGCAGCAGUCUGCACAGCAGCAGCAGCAGCAGCAGCAGCAGCAGCCGCCGACAGCCUCCGUACCCGGAGCUCCGGAGCAGGAAAAAGACCCAGAGGAUGAGGAGGAACAUACAAAUUCAGGCUCAUGCACUUCUUCCUCCGCAACAACCAAGGACGGGAACGCCAACAAGAGCAGCCACACGAGCACCCCUCGCACAAGGAAGAAGCGGUGUCCAUACUCCAAGUUUCAGAUUCGAGAGCUGGAGCGGGAAUUCUUCUUUAACGUUUACAUCAACAAAGAAAAGAGGCUUCAGCUGUCCCGAAUGUUAAACCUCACUGACCGCCAGGUUAAAAUCUGGUUUCAGAAUAGAAGAAUGAAAGAGAAGAAGCUGAGCAGAGAUCGCCUGCAGUACUUCUCUGGAAACCCCCUACUGUGAGCAGGAGCAGAGAGUGUCACAGUCUUGGUCAGUGACUUUAAGGAAAGGCCUACUCCAAUCUCAUUGAAUUGUAUUCGUGGGCAUAACCAUUUUCUAAAGGAGCCCAUAUCACCAACAGUGCAAUGUUAAAGUGGACAGUGGGAGUAGCAGGCCAGUCUGGGAUGAAGUCGCCAUUUUCUUGUUACCAAAAAGGCGGCUAUGAGUUUGUAACUGAUUCCCAGAAAGGCCCACAUGGUUAAAAUAAUCAUUUAUAUGCCCUUCUUGAAUAUGCCCCUCUAUUUAUCACGAGUCCCAAUUGUGUUUAUUCUAUUGUUCCUAUAGACAUAUUUGUUGAUAAUAUCAAAUGUAACAGUUUGAAUCCUCCUUGCGCAGACAACGUUUCGCUCUUCCCCUUUCCCCCCUCUGGUCUUUGUAUAUAGCAAAUCCUUAUCUAAUUAUUUCUCGGCCAGAGAAAAUAUGAGCAAGUUAUAGUAAAUCUCCAAGGCUGCAUUUGUUUCGCCAGUGAGAUCUGUGACGUCCAAUCUGUGAAAGUAUACCCUCCUGUACAGAGCAGCCUAUGCAAUGUGCAUUCGUGAUUGUAAAUAGGCGUAUGUUGAAUUACCCUUUUACCCACCUCUGCUGCUUUUUUUUUAUUUUCAAUACAGUUGCCCCUACGAGUUAAACAGCUUUAACACUCGUUAAAUUAUUUGCUUCAAAACAUUGGUGCUUUGGAUUCCAGAGAGGAAGAACAGACUGUCGGCCUGUGUAUCAUUAAUAUAAUACCUAUAAAAUAAACACAAACGUAUAGGCAAACCUCAA